ACGUGGAGUUGGGUCCAACUUGUAGGGUUUCUUAUGAGUAAUUUUAUUCCAUCACAUUUCCCCCUUCAGGCGUUAGUCGACAAGUGCAGACCCGAAGGCAAAGAUCGUACAGUGACUGCAACAAUGCAACAUUAUCCUCAUCCCGGCCUGAAAUUUGAGACGAUUGAUUCGAUGCAAAAUUUUGAAAGUAAACUGUUGUUGCUCGUAGACUUUUAGUCUGGUAGCGGAUGCGUUGGCGAUCAGAGGUCAGUGUUUCAAGUUCACAUGGGGGUGUGUCGGACUAGUAGUGCUGUGUAAAAUAGUUUGCUUCCAUUUUUAUAUUCUUAUAAAAGUAAAUCCCCACUUCAAAGUAUCGUGAAUCAAAAAAUAAAGCAUUCGUAGUGAUUUGGUAGCGUAGAAUGUAGUACAGUAUAGUUAAACAACAGUUUUUCGAAUAACCAAUCAAAUGGCUAUGUCCAAUCCAGCCUACGUCCACGACGGUGAUGGUGAUGUAAGUCCCGAAUAUAAUCGCAACGGGAAACAGCCCAUCGCCAGUACCGCAUCCUUCUCGAAACCUGCCAACCAGAACGGCACCCCCCAGCCCAUCACGAUGAGCCUGCCGAAUCCCAACAAAGUCCAACGAGACAAAUGGGGCAAAGAUAUCGAGUUCCUGAUGUCGUGCAUUGCCCUCUCGGUCGGACUGGGCAAUGUUUGGCGGUUCCCGUUCACUGCCCUGGAGAACGGCGGAGGCGCUUUCGUGAUUCCGUACCUGAUCGUGCUGCUGCUGGUGGGGCGACCGAUCUACUACCUGGAGAUGCUGAUCGGACAGUUCUCCAGUCGGGGAGCCAUCGAAGUGUACGACGCAGCGCCAGCCAUGCGUGGCAUCGGCUACGGGCAGAUUUAUUCGACGUUCAUCGUAAUGACUUACUACGCAUCGAUUAUGGGUGUUACGAUGCGAUAUCUGGUGGCGUCGUUCGGCGAUCCGCUUCCGUGGGGCGAAUGCCGGGAAGAAUGGAAUGCUACUUGCGUCGAUUCGAGUUUAUCGGAGUUUGCGGAUAAUUCUAACGAUAAGAAGGUGUCGUCGGCGGAGCUGUAUUUUAUAAAAGACGUCUUGAAUGAAGUGCCAAACUUGGACGACGGUAUUGGAAAUCCUGGUUGGAGACUAGUAAUAUGUCUUCUUGCACCAUGGACGUGCAUCUGUCUCAUAUUGGUAAAAGGUAUCAAAAGUUCUGGAAAGGCAUCCUACUUCUUGGCAAUCUUUCCGUACGUAGUGAUGCUGGUGCUGUUGAUCCGAGCAUGCACCCUGGAGGGCGCCAGCCAGGGGAUGCUGUACUUCAUCAAACCUCAGUGGGAUCGAAUUAUGGACGCUAACGUGUGGUACUCAGCCGUAACGCAGGUUUUCUUCUCCUUGACUGUGUGCUUUGGAAACGUGCUCAUGUACUCGUCCUACAACCGAUUUGGAAAUAACGUUUAUAGAGAUGUAACCAUCGUCACCGUGCUGGACACGUGUACCUCCAUACUGGCAGGGUUGAUCGUUUUCGGAAUCGUCGGCCACUUGGCUCACGUGCUGAAGACCCCGGAGAUAGCCAACGUUGUUCGAGGUGGUCCCGGAUUGGCAUUCGUCACCUACCCGGAUGCAAUCGCUAAGUUUCAGUUCUGGCCGCAGUUCUUCGCGGUUGCCUUCUUUUUCAUGUUGUUUGUGCUUGGAAUCGGUAGCAAUGUGGGUAUGGCCACCACCAUUAUGACCGUGGUACGGGACCGAUUUCCUCAUUUGAAGGCAUGGCCGGUGGCGCUAGUAAUCGCGAUCAUUGGCUACGGAGUUGGAAUCAUUUAUACCACACCCGGUGGUCAAUAUUUGUUGGAUUUUCUGGAUUUUUACGGAGCAUCAUUUGUGGCGCUGGUGCUGGCUGUAUUCGAAAUGAUUACCUUCGCUUGGAUCUACGGCGUUGGCAGACUUUGUCGAGAUAUUGAAUUCAUGCUGGGAAUCAAAACUGGCCUGUAUUGGAGACUUUGUUGGGGUUUGCUUACCCCAGCUAUGCUCAUUGCCAUUUUACUCUAUCACAUAGCAACGUAUGGACCUUUCACCUACAACGGAUAUGUAUUUUCGAACGGAAUGUAUGCGUUCGGAUGGUGCGUCUUUGCGGUUGGAGUUCUUCAAUUGCCUGCCUGGGCGCUGCACGCAGUUCUGCACCGAAAAGAACCAUCUUGGAAGGAUCGAAUAUUGAAUUGUUUUAAACCGUUGCAUCACUGGGGACCGGAAGAUCCAGAUUUGAAUGCAAAAUAUCACGAAACAGUUUUUAAGUACAAUCAGACGGUGCCAAUAGGUAGGAGUGUGUUAAGGAAAAUGGUAGACAAUGUUUUUCAUUGACAGUAGAAUGAGGCUGGGAAAAUAUCGACGGUUUCGUGCAAAACUGGCACGACUAAACAUGUUUCGUAUUUGACAUUUUGAUGGCAUAGCAGGGAAAAUGGUAUAAAGUUUUACCUGAGACUUUCAUCGCUAAUGGAACGUACACACGGUCAAGCAGUUUGACUAACAUUGACUCCACCUCUCGUUUGUUCCAACAUCCAUCAAGUUUUACCAACAGCGGCACGAACAAUCAAUUUAUUCGACCAACAAUAUCACACACGAACGACCGGAGCGCUAACUUGAGCAUCAACCAUCAAAAAAUAUAUGGGGGUUUGUGCAACUUCACUACAAAUGCUCAAACAUGUUCGGCGAACCUUGACUCCACCCCCGACAACUCAAAUCAAAAUCAAACCGUUUUAAUUUUUUCCAACCGAGCCGCCAACUGUCAAAUGGUUGUUCGAACAACUUCACACACGUUCCAACAAAGCAGCAACCGAAGCGUUUUCUUGGGGGUGGAGUCAAUGUUCGUCGAACUGCUUGACUGGUGUGUACGUAGCAUAAAACACACAUAAGUAAUCCAUUUGUAUUAACACAUGCGGAAAAAUCCGCGAGAUACGAAAAUAAUUCAAAAGUAUAGAAGUUUUAUUUUUAGAGUCAAAAAUUUAACACAUCGUUCCUAAAACUUGGCCCGCAAUCGUAUUUCGUGGUAUUUUUAGUAUAUCCAUGAUUAACCUCAAACAAAGAUGCGGUUGCUAGUUCGAUUGUUAUGGCGUUUGUCAGUUGCUGAAACACAGAGCUCCCCCGUUUUGGAACACCUGAUUUUUACCUCAUCCACAUUCUAGAAAACUUUCAAACUGCAUUUUAUAUUUAUAAUGUCAUCAAACUCACCGAAGAUUAUUCAACAAGCAUUACCGAGGGGUAUAUGAAAAAGUUUCUAGACAAUAGGAAUCAAAUGCAAAUAAAACGUGUAUCGUUUAUACAGGAGCACGAAGGUCCCUACUUCUAAAUUGUUCCACAUUUACACAUUAGAAACUUCAAAAAAUAUAAUAAAAUAAUGAAUUAAAUCAAAACCUCCUGAACCGAAUCAAAGUAUCGAAAUUUGAACAGCUAUUUUUUAACUAAAUACUUAAUUUUAAACAGAUUGAUUGACUAAACUAAAUACGCACCUUGAGAAGCUUUGAUUUGUAUUCCACUGAGAUUAUUUUAUUAUUCGCAAUUUGCAAUUAAAACAUACUUUUAUUGCAUAUAAAUGGCGUCAGAAACUCCUUGUUUGGUGGGUCGCGAUUUGUUUUUUCGAUUUAUGUUGGUUUAAUUCCAAAGCCUACUGUCCAUCUAAAUGGUAAAAAAGCCGUAAAAGCUUACUGUCAAGUAUUUAAACAGGAUAAGAUAAAUUGUUUGUAAUUUAAUUACUUUAAAUCCUUUUCAAUUUAUUUAUAUCUCUUAAGCUGGAUGGAUUUCAGUCCACCACGGUAGUAAUAGAUAGUUGUUCAGUGAUUUUUUAAGAAUUUGUGGAGACAGAUAUGCAUGCAUUCAUUUUCAGUAUUUGUUAGUAUUUUUAAUACUGUCGAAAGCUUAGAGUUGAUUACCCCUUGGUAGUGCCUGUAUUGCAUGUAACCGUCGAUGUAUUGUGGAUAACAAGAAAGUCUUAAUUUUGCUAGAAAUUGCCUCGAAUGCUUAGUGCUACCAAAAUGUUCAGUAUAAAAUAGUAUUAUGAGAUUAAUUUUAUUAGAUUUAUUUAUGCUUAAGACAAUCAACAUAAAUACAGUAGACGUUCGAUAACUGCAAUGUUUUUAACUGCAAUUCGAUAGUUGCAACAGUUUUGCAGUUAUCGGACCGCUAAACUUCAAACUGAUGUCAAACUCAAUGACAGCUGCAUUGUGCUGCACAUUUAGAUGCACUUUUAUUGCAUCUGACGUCGAUUGACAACCGUUUGACGUCUAGAAUGCGUUGCA